UACUGUGCCUACACUGGCUAGUUACACUGUGGUUUUAAUGCACGUGUUUUACAUGCAUUAAAUGUUUAUUCUAUUCACUGCUAUUUACUCGUGUUCACACCGUUCACGAGCAUUUUAUUAGCUAAAUUUGUUCGAUUUCUACCAUUUUUUACUUGGCCGGUUUACCCGACUUUACUCCCGUUCGAGAGAGCAGGUGCCACACGAGAGAAGUUCGAUUUAUGAUAGAUACGUGGAUCAACAAAAAUUUAAAAAACAUUUUUUUAUGUAGUUUUAUCACAUAAAAGUCAGGAUGCAGGUGUCCGCACCAAAUAAUAUAAAGAUUUAUAAUCUUAGUGCUGGAAAAUCUCUCCCCGAGUGGUUAUCUGAAAGAAAACGACGAAGUUUAUCGAAGAAGAAUGUCGAUAUACGACGACGUAUCGAACUUAUACAAGAUUUUGAUAUGCCUGGUAUAAGUACAUCUAUUAAGGUUUCUAAAGAUGAGCAAUAUAUUCUUGCAACGGGAAUUUAUAAACCACGUGUAAAGUGUUUUGAUGUACAUAAUCUGGCAUUGAAAUUCGAGAGAUGUUUUGAUUCUGAAAUAAUUACCUUUGAAGCGAUAUCAGAUGAUUACAGCAAAAUAAUAUUUCUACAAUGCGAUCGCCAUGUUGAGUUUCAUGCUGCUCAUGGGAAAUAUUAUAAGCUCAGAGUACCAAACUUCGGAAGGGAUCUGAAAUACCAUUAUCCAUCAUGUGAUAUUUUUAUUGUAGGCGAUAGUAAUAAGAUAUAUAGGAUAAACCUCGAACGUGGUCAAUUUUUGCAACCGUUUGAAACGGAAGCAACAUCGUUAAAUAAAUGCGAGAUAAAUCCGUUGCAUCAUUUACUCACGGUCGGCACUCACGAAGGAAAGAUCGAAGCUUGGGACCCGAGAGUAAGGAACAAAGUGGGCGUACUUGACUGUGCUCUACAUUGCAUUACUCAAGACAAGUUGGAAACAGUUCCUGCAAUUACUGCCUUGAAGUUUCAAGGAGGAUUGAAUUUAGGAGUCGGCACAUCAACAGGACAUGUAUUGUUAUAUGAUAUAAGAUCUAAUAAACCGUUUUUAACUAAAGAUCAUAUGUACGGAUUACCGAUCAAAUGCAUAGAUUUCCAUCAAAAAAUGGAUCUUGUUUACUCCAUGGACAGUUCCAUUAUAAAAAUAUGGAAUAAGGAUAAUGGUAAACUUUAUACUUCCAUAGAAGCUCAGCAUGACUUCAAUGAUUUGUCUGUCAUACCAAACAGCGGUAUGCUGUUGACAGCUAAUGAAAGUGUGAAAAUGCAAGUAUAUUACAUCCCCAGUCUUGGUCCCGCCCCAUACUGGUGUAGUUUCCUCGACAAUCUCACGGAGGAAUUGGAAGAACUGAAUUAUGAUAUCAUCUAUGAUGAUUACAAAUUUGUAACUGAUAAGGAAUUGGACGAAUUAGGUCUGUCGCAUCUGAAGGGUACUAAUCUACUCAGGGCUUAUAUGCACGGAUACUUUAUAGACAUCCGAUUAUACAGGAAAGCAAGGGAUGUAAUGAAACCAUUUGAAUUCGAGGAAUAUAAAAAAAGGAGAAUUCGUGAUAAAAUUAAGGAGGAAACCAUUAGCAGAGUACAGAUACAAAAAUUACCAAGUGUGAAUCAGGAGCUAGCAUUAAAACUGAUGGAGAAUGCAAAUAUUAAUAAUAAAAAGAAACAAACAUCCUCUAAUCUGAUGAAGGACGAACGAUUUAAAGCUCUCUUUAGCAAUCCUGAUUUCCAAAUCGAUACAAAUUCUGAGGAAUACGCUUUAUUGAAUCCUGUUAUUUCUCAGCUUGCUAAAAGUAAAGCCAAAAAAUUGAAACAGCAGUUGACGGAAGAAAAAGAAGAAGAAACUCAAGAUAAACUUGAGGCUGAAUCAAAAGGCAAUAGCUCGGAUGAAAGCUUCAUUCACGAUAGUUCCGACAAUGAUAGCUCAGAUGAUGAGAAACCGUGGGUUAAAGAAGUUCGAAAGAAUUAUCGGUUAGUGAAGAAAAAUGAAAGAGAGCGAGAACGGGAGGAUGAAAAUUAUAAUAAUCUGAUUGCAAGAAACGAAUCGAAGAUAGAUAAAAUUGAAAAUGAAGUAAAAUUCGAGGAAGGCGGUCCACAAAAGAAGAAACAAAAUAAGGCGACUUUCGGCGAAAGAUUGGAAAAUGAAGAGACGUACAAUAUUAAAGUCUCCGGCUCGCGUGGUAACAGAGAGAUGACUUUUGUCAUUGAAAAGAAAAAACAAAAUCCAGAAAUGAAACGCCGUAGAACAGAGUACAAUGUGCUACGAUCAGCAGGAAGUAUUUUAAGGAAGAAAAGACGUUAAUUUAUACAUUUUAUACGAAUGUUAAUAUGUAAAAAAAUGUUAAGUUAUUAAUGUCUUUGUAUCAUAAUAGUGUAAAUAUAAAAUUUUUUUUAACCAC